GACACCCGCUGGACACUCGCUCAGACACCCUCCCCACCCCCUCCCGUCCCACCACCGAAACCCCCCCCCCGCCUCCCCCCCAAGCCCUGGUGGGGCAGGAGCCGGGACUCGAACCAUCUAUCCGCUACUCCCCGAACCCCGGUGGGGGAAGGAGCCGGGGCUCGAACCAUCCACACACCCCCACCACCUCUCCUCCGCCUCACCUUCCUCGGACUAAUCUGACAGACCGCGGGCUCUCUGCAACCCUGCUCUAAUUCCGGAUUUCUCCAAGCAAGCUGCCUCCCAGCAUUAGCCCAUAUCUUUUAUUGCCUGAAAAAAAUAUUGGGGAGGUUUUUGUCUUUUGGGUGGGGAUUUUUUUUUCAAAAAAAAGCAAUCUAGUGUGCUUUACCCCCCUCCUCUGUUGCAAGGAAUCUCAAGGCAUGCGAGUGAAGAGGCAGUCAUUAUAAUACAAAAUAUCCGUGGCAGAGGAGCCAGAAGUUGUCAGCGAAGGAAAAAAAAAUUUAAAAAGAAGUGGUUGGGGGAGAAAGAGAAGAAGAGGCGACCCGGAUCGUUUGGGGGGGCGUUCCUCAGAGGUUUCUCUACAGGAAGACAUGAAGGACUCGAGACCCGUUGGUCAUUGCUAGUCUGCUACUGCCGUAUUAUGGACACUCCUACGACAUCUACAGCCGGGGAAGUUGGACUCUGCUGAUGUUUCUGUUGCUGCCCAGAAACCCAGAAGCCAAUCUGAAAUCUGCAAACUUUGCUUGGAGUGGUUGGUAAGACGGCGGUACCUGGCCUUGGGUAUUUCCAAUCUUCAGCUUGUGUGAGUUUUAAUUUCUGAGGACAAAAAUGACUAAUAAUGCUGCAGGCCACCACCCCGGCAACUCUGUUGCCGAGGGCAACCAUGAGGGUGAAUUUGGCUGCACGGUUGCAGAACUGCGAUCCCUUAUGGAACUGCGAUCCGGAGAAGCAGUAAAUAAAAUACAUGAAACUUAUGGUGAUGUCCAGGACAUCUGCAGAAGGUUAAAAUCUUCUCCAAUAGAAGGUUUAUCCGGCAACCCAGCUGAUCUCGAUAAACGGAAACUAGUAUUUGGUCAGAACUUUAUACCUCCCAAAAAGGCAAAAACCUUCCUGCAGUUAGUAUGGGAAGCAUUGCAAGACGUGACAUUAAUUAUCUUAGAAAUUGCGGCUAUCAUCUCCCUGGGCCUCUCAUUUUACCGCCCUCCAGGACAAGACAAUUAUCUGUGUGGAGAUGCCGCGGGUGGCGAAGAUGAAGGGGAGGCAGAUGCUGGUUGGAUCGAAGGGGCAGCUAUCCUCCUCUCGGUCAUCUGUGUGGUGCUGGUGACAGCCUUCAACGACUGGAGUAAGGAGAAGCAGUUCCGUGGGCUGCAGAGCCGCAUCGAGCAGGAGCAGAAGUUUACCGUGAUCCGAAAGGGUCAGGUUAUCCAGAUCCCAGUGGCCGAGAUUGUAGUCGGGGACAUUGCCCAGAUCAAGUACGGUGACUUGUUACCAGCCGAUGGUGUCCUCAUCCAAGGAAAUGACUUAAAGAUUGAUGAAAGUUCUUUAACAGGAGAGUCAGACCACGUGAAGAAAUCCCUGGAGAAAGAUCCCAUGUUACUCUCUGGUACCCACGUAAUGGAAGGGUCCGGUCGGAUUGUUGUAACUGCGGUGGGUUUGAACUCCCAAACUGGUAUCAUUUUCACGCUCUUAGGAGCAGGUAUGGAUGAGGAAGAGAAGAAAAACAAGAAGGGUAAAAAACAAGGAGUACCAGAAAAUCGCAACAAAGCUAAAGCUCAGGACGGUGUUGCGUUGGAGAUUCAGCCAUUGAAGAGCGAAGAAGGUGGGGACCAGGAAGAGAAGGAGAAGAAGAAAUCAAACAUACCAAAGAAAGAGAAAUCUGUCCUCCAGGGCAAGCUCACCAAAUUAGCCGUGCAAAUUGGAAAAGCAGGGCUGCUCAUGUCGGCAAUCACAGUCAUCAUCCUUGUCUUGUAUUUUGUAAUUGACACUUUUGGGGUUCAAGGCAGGCCGUGGCUGGCAGAAUGUACCCCGAUCUACAUCCAGUACUUCAUGAAGUUCUUCAUCAUUGGAGUCACUGUGUUGGUGGUGGCCGUACCAGAGGGUCUCCCCCUGGCCGUCACCAUCUCUCUGGCCUACUCCGUAAAGAAAAUGAUGAAAGACAAUAAUUUGGUCAGACACUUGGAUGCCUGUGAAACAAUGGGCAACGCCACUGCAAUCUGCUCAGAUAAGACUGGCACCCUCACCAUGAACCGAAUGACGGUGGUACAGUCGUACAUUGGGGAAACUCACUACCGGCAAAUCCCCGCCCCGGACGCAAUCCUACCGAAGGUUUUGGAGCGGAUUGUCAAUGGGAUCGCUAUUAACUCCGCUUACACCACCAAAAUACUGCCCCCUGAGAAGGAAGGAGGUCUCCCUCGCCAUGUGGGGAACAAGACUGAAUGUGCUUUGCUUGGCUUUGUGCUGGACCUGAAACAGGAUUAUCAGGCUGUGCGCAAUGAAAUUCCAGAAGAAAAGCUCUAUAAGGUGUAUACCUUCAACUCUGCACGCAAGUCGAUGAGCACGGUGCUCAAGAACGCAGAUGGAAGUUUCCGCAUGUACAGCAAGGGUGCAUCCGAGAUCAUCCUACGCAAGUGCACUAAAUUAAUAAAUAAGAGUGGGGAUGUAGUGGUUUUCAAGGCACGAGACCGUGAUGAAAUGGUGAAGAAGGUGAUCGAGCCAAUGGCUUGCGAAGGCCUACGGACAAUCUGCUUGGCCUACAGAGACUUCGUUAAGGAGCCUGACUGGGACAAUGAGAAUGAGAUUCUGUGUGACUUGACGUGUAUCACGGUCGUUGGAAUAGAAGAUCCUGUACGCCCUGAGGUUCCAGAUGCCAUAACAAAAUGUCAGCGGGCUGGGAUAACGGUGCGAAUGGUGACGGGAGACAACAUUAACACUGCUCGCGCCAUCGCCACCAAGUGCGGCAUCAUCCACCCUGGAGAGGACUUCCUGUGUCUGGAAGGGAAGGAGUUCAAUCGCCUGAUUCGCAACGAGAAAGGAGAGGUGGAACAAGAACGCCUGGACAAAGUGUGGCCCAGUCUUCGUGUCCUUGCUCGCUCGUCCCCAACAGAUAAACACACGCUAGUCAAAGGUAUCAUUGACAGCACCAUCGGAGAAAUGCGGCAGGUUGUGGCUGUAACCGGAGAUGGAACGAAUGAUGGACCAGCGUUGAAGAAAGCGGAUGUUGGCUUCGCUAUGGGCAUUGCAGGAACCGAUGUUGCAAAGGAGGCAUCGGACAUCAUUCUGACAGACGAUAACUUCACCAGCAUUGUUAAGGCUGUGAUGUGGGGCCGCAAUGUGUAUGACAGCAUCUCCAAGUUCCUGCAGUUCCAAUUGACAGUAAACGUGGUCGCAGUUAUCGUCGCCUUUACUGGAGCCUGCAUCACCCAGGAUUCUCCGCUGAAGGCUGUUCAGAUGCUCUGGGUGAACCUGAUCAUGGAUACAUUUGCCUCCCUGGCCUUGGCCACUGAACCCCCGACAGAGGCCCUGUUGCUUCGCAAGCCCUACGGCAGGAAUAAGCCACUGAUCUCUCGCACGAUGAUGAAGAACAUUCUGGGCCAUGGUGUUUACCAGCUCACCAUUAUCUUCACUCUUCUCUUUGCUGGUGAGAAGUUUUUUGACAUCGACAGUGGAAGGAAUGCUCCACUCCACUCCCCCCCGACUGAACAUUACACCAUUGUCUUCAACACCUUCGUGAUGAUGCAGCUCUUCAACGAGAUCAACGCUCGCAAGAUCCACGGGGAGCGCAACGUAUUUGAAGCAAUUUUCCGAAAUCCAAUCUUUUGCAGCAUUGUGGUGGGGACUUUUCUGAUUCAGAUCGUCAUCGUGGAGUUCGGAGGGAAACCGUUCAGCUGCUCGGGGCUGACUCUCGACCAGUGGCUUUGGUGCAUUUUCAUUGGCAUUGGAGAGCUGCUGUGGGGACAGGUAAUCGCCAGCAUCCCAACCAGCCGCCUGAAGUUCCUGAAGGAGGCAGGCCACGGCACGACAAAAGAUGACAUCCCUGAGGGAGAACUGAUGGAGGACAACGAUGAAAUUGACCAUGCAGAGAUGGAACUGCGGCGAGGGCAGAUCCUCUGGUUCAGAGGUCUGAAUAGAAUCCAGACUCAGAUGGGCGUAGUCAACACCUUCCAGGGUGGACCUUCCUUGCAGGGAGCGUUGAGAAGGCAGCCCUCCAUAAUCAGCCAGCACCACGAUAUCAAAGUGGUGAAUGCAUUCCGUAGUUCCUUGUACGAGGGGAUAGAGAAGCCGGAAUCCCGCAGCUCCAUCCACAACUUCAUGACCCACCCUGAAUUCGGAAUGGAAGACGACGAGCCUCGGAUUCCCCUGAUUGACGAGACGGACGUCGAAAUUAAUGGACUAACCAUCUGCGGAGCUCCCAGCUCACCCCGUUCACCCAACAAGAACAACAAUGCUGUUGACAGUGGGAUCAGCCUCCCUCUCUCAGACGUUAACAAGUUCGCCUCCUCUACUCCGGGAAGCCCUCUACACAGUCUUGAGACAUCUGUUUGACCGUCCCUCAUCCUCCCUGUGUUCCGACCUUUACACCUGCUGCUUUCACACUAUUUCCACUUGUCUUGCAGGAAGUUUAAAACAAAAAAAAAAUUGUAUUUUAGUUGGCAAAUAGUCUGUGGGGUGGGGGGGGUGUUGGUGGGGGAGAGAACCCUCAGCUCCUAAAAUGUCUCGUGCGGUGGGGGAAGAGGAAAUGUUACCGGCAAUUGUGCCAUUUAAUCUCAAAACGCCUUCUGAGGUUGUAAAGCAGACCAGAAUGCUAAUAGGUAAAUCUAAUUUGGUGUAAUUUAUAUUAAGGCUUUUACUCUUCCUGUCAUCAGCACCAGCAAUUUACAAGACUUCAGGUUUUGUUGAAGUUGGAAACGCCAUAGAUUUCAUUGAAAGUGACCCACAAUCCCUUGUCCUGGCUCACAAUGCCAUAAAGCGGUGCAGUUUGUCCAACUCGAUUAUCAUAAUCAGAUCAACAUUUUAUUGAAGUGUAUACGAGGCAAAAGUCUCUUAAAUUGCAGUUUCCUGUUCAUAAUGUCACCCUCACGCUAAGAAUCCUGUUGGCCUGUGGCAAGGUGUUUGCAAUCAACUUCCAAACAAGCCAGCUGGUCAGAUCCAAAGUGGCGGACCUGACGGGAGACUUCCUCCAGGCCCUUCCAGAGCGCCAAGGUUAGCGGCGUUCUGGGUGGAAAGGAAGGGACGGUGUUUCAGGUGGGGUUUGGGGAUGGUGUCCAUUGGCAUCCAGAGGGGGGAAUAACAACUCCUAGCUGUCGCUGAGCGGUCAUGGCAAACGCACGCUGAACUGUUUAAUUUCCCGGCCCCAAGUCCAAGAAUGACGCUCUGAUCAAGUGCUCAACAACAAGUCCUUCCAGACCUGAAACUGCUGGCUGUGAUAAAGAGCCACAUCCUGAGAAAUCAAGAACAGCCUCACACCAGAUUUCCCUAUCUUGCCCAAAUUCAAUGCAGUUGCAUAAUCGAGAUUAAAACAAAUAAAUGGUGAGAAUUUGAUUUGGAUUACAGCUUUCCAGCAGCUUAUUUGCCACUUUAUUUUCAAAGUUUAUUGUAGGCAGUGUAAUUCAGAAAGCCAUUCUCUCCUUGGAGUUUCUCAGGGCUGCUUGUAACUAAACAUAUACAUGGCUUCAUUGGAAAGGAAAUCUCAUAGCCUAACUCCUUGGAAAGCAGAGCACCAUUUUAAGUGGCAUUACGUGUGAGUAUUUCGUGCGCGCAAUUGGACGUAGCAGCAUACACCACUUGUAUCCAGAUGAGCUUACCCCGUGUUCUGCAUCUGAGCCUGGUCAGGAUUUUGUCCCAUGGGUUGGUGGCUUCUUAAUCUUUUGAAGUCAGUGAUGCUUAGCCAGUGUCACAGCAUCUUGUUGCCAAGUCAGCACAGUGGGCAUCAAAAAUUCAGGGAAUUUUCAGGAAGGUGACCUCGCAAAACCGGUUAUACAGCCACAAGCUGGUUUCAUUGUGAGUAACUGGUAGCACUAAACAGUUGAUAGGAUUGCCCCCACCCCCCAAUUCAAUAUUCAGGUAUUGUCAACAAAACUCUUGAUUGUAAGAGUACGGUUUUCUGCCAUUUCGUCAUGUGCUCAGUGAGCUCCGGGGUUCCCUGCAGCUCUUGUCCACCAGAAAUAUCGUCAACAUGAGCUCCGGGGUUCCCUGGAGUACUUCAAAAACACAAAAAAAAUCCACAGAUGCCGGAAAUCCAAAGCAACACACACGAAAUGCUGGUGGAACUCAGCAGGUCAGGCAGCAUCUAAGGAAAAGAGUAAACAGUCAAAGUUUUGGUCCAAUAUGGGAGGAUUCCUGAAGCAGGGUCCUGGCCCAAAAUAUUGACUGUUGACUCUUCCAUAGGUGCUGCCUGGCCUGCUGAGUUCUUCCAGCAUUUUGUGUGUGUUGUCCUGAAGUAUUUGUCCAACCAGAAAUCCCGUCAACAUGAGCUCCAGCUGAGCUUAGAGGUUCCCAGAAGUCCUUGUCCACCAUAAAUCCCGUCAACAUGAGGUCAGCUGAACUCGAGUUCCCUGAAGUCCUUCUCCACUAUAAAUACCGUCAGCAUGAGGUCAUUUUCGCUGUGACAUCUGUAAAGGUAAAAGUACCACUUUCUACGGGAGACGUUGCUGCAAGACUUUUGAGACACAGGUAAACUUUGAAUUACCCCAAAAAAAUGUUAGUGUUGAUUGGCCCAAGCUGGGUUGUAAGCAUUAAGCAAACACUUCAAGACUAUCCAUGUUUAUUUAAUUCUAGUUGGUUUCGAUGUAAUCUUGUUUCAUAGUACUACAUAGGGAAGGUUUAAAGGGAUGUUGAGGGCAGGCAGCUUCCUUAAGGCACUUUGUAAAGCUGUUGUAAGUUUUGGAAGAUAAUUAACAAGGAAAACCUAUAGAUUUAUUACAAAAGGUAAUGUUGUAAUUUACCUUUGAUAAGUUAAUAAACCAAUGGAAAAUAGAUACUGCAGUUCCACAGUAUAAUGUUUAGUUGAAAAAGAAAUCUUUUCCAGGAUUCACUUAUUUAUGAAGGGUUUGAAAAUAAUAUUUUGAACCUCUAUGCAUUAAAUUGUUUGUACAGAAACAGGUAUUCCUUAUGUGCUUCUCACUGGGAAAAGUUGCUGAAUUAUUUGUGUUUCACACCUUAAGAUAAAGAUGUACAGCUGUAAGAAAUAGUUCCAGGUCCUCAGAAAGUUUCUGGAGCUCAAAUAAGUGUCCCGUUGAGGGAUUUUCCUCGGAGUCUGUUCCCCUUCAGUUAUGGUUGCAGAGUUGCUUUGUCAGAACACAAGUUCUGAUGCUGAAAAAUGUUUGAGCAAAAAAGAUUCUGAGGAUGGAGCCCUCUUAGAAAAUCAAAAGCAAAAUACUGCAGAUGAAGGAUAUCAGAAAUAAAUACCCAGCUGGUCAGGCAGCCUUCGUGGGCAGAAACAGGUCGGAAAUCCAGGUUGAUGAUUUUUCUUCAAAGCUGUGGAAAAAUUAACAGUAUCCACCUGAAAUUUGAACUCUUUCUGCACAGGCGCUGCCUGACCUGCUGAGUGUUUCCAACCACUUCUGAUCUUACUGUGAGGGAAGCAAAUAAAUUUUGUGUUUGGUUGAAACCUUUCGAUCUGCUGAACUGGGAACGUUUUAAUUGCUGAGGAUCCAGAAAGCAAAAUGGAAGAGGCGAGGGAAUGCGAGUUGUAAAUUUUUGUCUGGAUUUCGAAUUUUUUUUUUCCCAUUUUGUGUGAAGAAAGUAGCACGUGCCCUGUUGUAACUCCCUGAGGGCUAGGGGAUAUGGGUGAAACUGGUAUGUGUUAAGAUGGCACUGGUGAAAUUGGGGCUAGCUUCGUGGGCAUCGUGGUCAGCAUGGACCCAUUGGGCUGAAGGGCCUCUAUCUGUGCUGUAUUGUUGAAUGAAGUCCCAGUCUAUGCAAACUCUCCUUGUGGCACCUACGGAUUCUCCCAUAAGAGGAAACAUUCUCUCUGUGGUAACUCCUCACAAUCUUCUAGGUUUCAAUCAGUUCUCCAUCAGAGUAUAAGAUACAGGAGCAGAAUUAGGCCAUUUGUCCUCUCAAGUCUGCUUCUAGCUGAUUUUUUAAACUCUUACUAGAGUCAUGCUACAGCACAGAAACUGGCCAUUCAGCCAUCAAAUCUGUACUGAACUGCUAUUCCUACUAACUUGGGCCCUUCAUUCCUAAGUGGAGCAUAAGCCAUUGAUGACCUCCUGUUUCCAUUAUCCAAAAUCAGCGUUAUGGUUGGAGUUGAUCAACGUUUCUGCAGUCCACUGUACAGAGGACGUAGGGUUGGAUUCUGACUAGUCCCACUGACUGCAUCUGGACCAGAGCCCUCCGUGCUCCGCUCAUCUACUAAUCCAAACUUCUCUUAAAUGUUGUAUUCUCCCGCCUUCUCACUGUAACCCUUAGCACCCCCUCCCCGCCAGUCAAGAACGUAUCAAUCUCUGCCUAGGUGCACCAAGUGACUUGGCCUCCACUGCUCUGUGUGAGAAUGAAUUCUGCAGAUUAACUGCCCUCUAGCCAGAAAAAUUCCUCCUCAUCCCAGGUCUAAAGGGACGGUCCUUUAGGCCGGAUCUGGCCACUGCGUAGUCGUAGUGAUGCAAUCACUUGAGUCGAGUAGGAUGUUCUGCUAAGGGGUUGACCGUUGGUGACUGAUCCGUGAUCUACAUAAGACCCAGGAUGUUGACAGAGAAUGCCUGAGCGUGACCUUGUUUAAUGUGGGGAGGCUGAUGUACAGUCAUCAUAGAGUCGUUGGCAGAUUGGGGUCAUGGUCCAGUGACAUGGAAUGACUGGGGACCCUUCACUGCCAUUGUGAUGUGUCAUCAUCUUCUGCCAGCUCCACUGCUGAGGCCUUGGUUGGAUCGCUCUUUGCCUGGACCCUCCCCCAUGACCUUACCGCUACCUGUGACCCUAUCAGGAGCAUCAAUGUCAUCAAUGUCAGACAGCGUCGCUUUCGGGAUUUCGGGAGCCGCGACAAGGUGACGACCCUUGGAGAGUACUGGCCGCUAUAAAAUCUGUGUCACUGAAAUAGUGAGCGAAUAUUGCAUUCUGUGAAUGGAAAAGUGUGAAAAACAAACUCGGUUAUGAGUUCCAUGGGGCUUGACGUCUGGAAUAAUGUGGGUGUGCAGUAGUUCCAGGAGAAUAGAGCAUGGCUGUCCUUUUUACCAUGAGACAUGGGAACAGAAUUAGGCCAUUUGGCCCAUCGAGUAUUUCGCCAUUUCAUCAUGGCCGAUUUGUUAUCUGUCUCAACCCCAUUCUUCUGCCUUCUCCCCGCCCUGACUAAUCAAGAACCUAUCAACCUCUGCUUUAAAUAUACCCAAUGACUUGAUCUUCACAGCCGUCUUUGGCAAUGAAUUCUACAGAUUCACCACUCUCUGGCUAAAGAAAUUUCUCCUCAUCUCUGUUCUAAAGGGACAUCCUUCUAUGCCGAGCCUGUGCCCUCUAGUCCUCGACACCCCCACGAUAGGAAACAUCGCUCCACAUCCUCUCCUUUGCCAGGGGUCUCCCUUCCACUGAUAGCUGCAUGAAGUUUUACUGGUGGGACGGCACUGUUGUAAUCGAAUCCUUCAACAGAGUAGCCAUGGUCACCUGAGGGCUUUAGGAAUCAAAGCAGUUUAUCAAUGAGUCAGUUUGAUUUAUUGACAAACCGCUAUAAUACCCAAAAAGGAACUUUAAGAAGUGUGAUUGUUACUCAAAAUGGAAUUGUAUACAAAGUUCCAGUGAGCAGUCUGCUCUUGUCACUGGGGUGUAGAGGGUUAGAGGGUAGUGGGUGGGUAACUCGAAACGUAGAAGAGUUGGUGCUGGUGACAACUAAUAAUUAUAGGUGGAAAUGCUAAAUGAGUUGAUUUCUCAUCACAUCUGCUCAGUGAAAAUCUUUGCUUUGCAUUCUGCCAGUGCCGAUCGUGUCAUCAUGUCAAUGCAUUGAGGCAGUACGGGAGAAAACGGAGCGCAGUGUAAGGUGUCAAAGUUACACAAACAGGUGCGGUGCAGGCAAACACAGUGCAGGGUGAUAAAGAGGUAGAUUGUGAGGGUGAGAGUCCAUCUUAUCGUUCUAGCGAACCGUUCAAUGGUCUUUGGGGAAUGGCAGAUGCAACCAACAAAGUUGAAACCCUUUGCAAGAAAAUUAGGGAUGAAAGAAUGCACGUUUUCAGGAGGUUAGCCCAUUGGCCAGAGGUUUCUUUCCAGUUGCAGAUGGCACGGUGUGUACCUUUGCUUCUUUCCAUGAGCUCCCAGAGGCUGACUGUUGUUUGCCCAGUGCUGGCAAGCUGUGUAUUUUGAUGUGCCUUUUCCAGGCCUUUCUUAUCCUUGUGAGUUUGCAUCUCUGGUGUAGAUACAAGUGUCAACACUUUGGUUGUUUCUUUGGGCGAUCUUAUAGCAAAAAACAAGAACCACCUUCACUGAGUAGGUCCCAUUGAAAGUGAGAAAAAAAACCCUUCUUAGUUGCACCUUGGGCACUCCGGACAGGAAGCCAAGAGGGAAAUGGAUACCGCUUCCCCGUUAAAGAGCCUUGCAGGUUCAUAACUCACCAGAACGGGACCGGCUCCCUUUCUCAUUCAAACAGUCUGCUAAGAGCUAGGAGGCUUUCUGGUGAAGCUCUACAGAGCUGAUACGUAAAUGAUUAUGAUGAAUUCCAAGCUCACUUCUUUAAUCAUCGGUGUGGCUGUUUGUUCUGAUAUAAGCAUAUGGUACUACAUUCUAAUUGGACCUGUCGUCUACUUUUUCAUAAAAUUACAGUGUCACAAAGGGGUGUUUGAAUUUGCAUCCAGCCUCAACACUACUUUUUAAUUAGUUUCUCUUGUCUCGACAUAUUUUGAUUUUUGUCUCUCUACCUUCCUCCUUCCUUUCCUCCCACAAUAUCUUUGCCUUGAUUAUGUACAGGCACAUUUCUAAUAAGUCAGGGUGAACACAUCUGUGCAUGUGCUGAUCUGGCUUUCCAAGCCCCACUGCAGUGAGAGGUGGGGCACUGGGAACCAGACCUGCUCCCCGUGGUUGAAAAACAACAGCAAAACUCUGCAGAUGCUGGAAACCCUGAAAUAAAAACACUCAGCAGAUCAGGCAGCAUCCGUGGAGAGAGAAACAGGACCCCUGUCCUGAUGAAGGGUCUCGGCCUGAAACUUCAACCAUGCAUUCCCCUCCACAGCAGCUUCCUGACCUGCUGAGUUUUCCAGCAUUUUGUAUGCGUGUCUGUGUUCCUGUUUCAAGCCUUCUGUUUCUCUCUCUCAGUUAUAUAUUCUGCUCUGUUCUUUUGCACCAAUCCCAGCUGUAUUUCUACCGACUGAAGACAUCUCGAACUGUUGCAGUGAGGAUUUCACAGUGGAAUCAUACAUAAACAAUUUAAAAGUACUGUCUGUGUACUGUAGUGGUUUCCCAGUGAUAUUUAACAGAAGUUUCCUUUUCUUCGACUAAUUAAGGUAGUUCAAUUCUUCAACCUUUUAAUGAGUUCUAGUUUUUGAAUGUAGCAGAAGUCUCUGACAUGUUUUUGGUACUUUGGCUGAAUUGUAUCGAAAAGAAAUUGUGCAGGUAUUCAGUUCAGUAUAAUCAUUGGUUGCUCCUGUAAGCAUAUCCUAUCCCAGUUUAAAACCAUGUGUUUAUUCGGUUAGCAAUUAUCUGAAUCAGUUAGCGUGAUGGAAAGUGCAUGAAUUAAUGUAAGUUACACCAACAACUAAAUUUUCCUUGUGGAUUCCGUGAUCAAAGGGUUGAGAUUUUAAGAGGGGCCAUGACUGAGGUACGCCAGAUUAUGAGGGAUAUUGAUAGCAUACAUUGCUGGGAACUUCUCCGCAUCUCAGAUUAGAUCAAACUAGAGGACGGGGUUUCUGGUGAGGGGGUAAAAGAAUUAGAGCGAUGGUUCCCACCCUAGGGUCCACAGACGCCUUGCUUAAUGGUAUUAGUUCAAUGCAUAAAAAAGGUUGUGAAACUGAUUUGGAGAGUAUCUGAAGAGACCCUUCUCUGAGAGAGUGGUAAGUCCCUGGUAUACUGUUCCUGAAAAUGGGUUGAAGACUGAAAUCAUUCAAAAAGCAUCAAGAUGAGAAGCUCAAUAAAUCAUUUAGGGAUAGGACCAAGUAUAGAAGGUUUGGGCCAAAUGGCCUGUUUCUACGCUACAAUUAUAUGAUCAAACCACCUUUGAUAAUCACCCACUUUUCAGGUACAGGAGCUUCACUUUUGAUGGUAUCUUAAUGUGGCCCGUCUACCCUAAGACCAGUUUAUCAGUAAUGGGUGACAGCUGUACCUCCACCCACUGGAAGAGGGCAAAAAAAUAGCAGAAGUAACUGGUUCAAAGGGCUAAGCAAUAUUGCAUUAUUUUCUUAGUGAGCUGUGCGGUCUGCCUUACAAAGGGGUUUGCAUAACACCUACCAAUUGCACCCAAGGUUAAACAGGUAACUUGGAGAGUGGGUUUUGAUUUCUCAAGGACAGAGGUCUCCAACGUGGGGUCCACGGACCCCUUCCUUAGUGGUAUUGGUCCGUGGCAUUAAAAAGGCUGGGAACCCCUGUUCUAGAAUCUGAUCUGGUGUCGUUGCUAUAGAAGGAAAUAUAUUUUACACAGGGUUUUUGGGACCACAAGUGUUUUAAACUUUCUUUUUCAAAGAAAAUUGUGCAUAAAAAGCACCCACAGGCCCCCUUCAUCCUCAUUAAUACUGGUCAGCACAGCCGUGUAAGCAAUGCAGUUUCUUUACUUCCCAGUUUCCGAAGAGUAUAUCUUCUCCUUCCAAUACUUGCUCAAUUUGCUCUGUAAUUGUCAACCGUACAGGGAAUCAGCAACACAGUGGUGACAGGAGGUUGCCAGUUUUCUGAUGGCUUUUUUCAGUUUUCUUAUCAACCUUGCCCUGGCCCAGAAGUGUGCUUUCUCUUCUUCACUGUUACUGUUGUUGUUUAAAAUGUACACUCAGAGGCCACUUUAUUGGUAAAGGAGUGGAACCCGGUGCGGUCUGAUGCUGCUGGAGUUCACCAAUUCAAGGUUGGACGCGUUGUGCAUUCAGAGAUGCCCUUCUGCACACCACUGUUGUAAUGCAUGGUGAUUUGAGAUACUGUCACCUCCCCGUCAACUUGAACCAGUCUGGCCAUUCUCCUCUGACCCCUCUCAUUAACGGUGUUUUCUCCCACAGAACUGCCGCUCACUGGAUGUUUUAUCAUUUUUUUGCACCAUUCUCUGUAAAUUCUAGAGACUGGGACUAAAAUCCCAGGAGAUCAGCAGUUUCUGAGAUACUCAAACCACCCCGCCUGGCACCAACAAUCAUUCCACAGUCAAAGUCACUUAGAUCAGAUUCCUUCCUCGCUCUGAUGUUUGUUCUUGACAACAACUGAACCUUUUGACCAUGUCUGCAUGCUUUUAUACGUUGACUUCCUGCCUCAUGAUUGGCUGAUUAGAUAUUUGCAUUAACGAGCAGGUGUAACUAAUAAAGUGGCCGCUGGGUGUACGCUUUAAUGUUGUACACAUUGGUUAGCGUUCUUGCCAGAGUUAUGGCUCUGUGUCUCGGCUACAUCUGUUGCUUUGCCAGUAACAGGGAAACUUUCAAACCUUAAAGUCAAAAGCCAUGCUUACGGUGAAAGAUCGAUGUUUCAGAAGAAAUCCAACCUUUCGCCUCUAAUGGUAGAAAAGAAUUUGUACGAGAUUCUUUGGUAACCGGAGUAGAAGGUUGGGCAGUUCAUUUUGUUAACUCGGACAGUGGAAGUGACUAAUUUAAUUCACUCCAGCAAGUCCUUGUGGCCAAUGAUGUUCUAGUUGUUUUUCCUUUUGAAACACCAGUUUUAAUUUAGGGAAAGGGAUUUAUAAUUGAGAUAACAGGUUAUGCAGUGGGAUAUAUGCAUGUUCGUUACACAUUGCCGUCAUCACCUUGAUAUACUGAUAAUUGGUAGGCAUUUUAAUUUCCUGUCUACUACCAGUCAUUUGGGGCAUCUUUGCUCUUAUAUUAAAAAAAUUGUGCCCAUUUUUGAAGUAUUUUUAUAUACAUUAUGUUGAUAUUAAAUUGGUCUGAGAAUUUUGCUUUUGUGUAUAAUUCUGUUUCUAUGUAUAAUAUAUUCUAUUCUCUUGGGUUAAUUUAAAAGUGAGCGACACUAAAAAGUAUAAAGAACACACUAUGGCUUAAGUUAUUGAAUAAAAAUGUAUGGUGCUGUAGCUUAAAGGUAUAUAUUCUGUUUAAUAAGCAUCAAAAAUAGUGCAGCUUCGCUAACUUAAAUCUUGAAAGAUGAGAAACUUAUUAAUUCUGACGUGUGUGUCUUACAUGUGUGUGCGUGUGUGUGUGUGUGUGUGUGCGUGUUCCUCCAUGAAACGAGUCAGUAGUGUCCAGUAGGCUUGGGAGCAAUGUCCAGACUCAUUGCCCUAGUGUUGUAUGUUAACCUGCUGCGGCUCUUUACCUUCGACACAGGAACUAAGGGAAUGCUUUUCUUUUGUAAAUGCACCCGACUCUUAAACUCUGCCACCAAGUUUCUCAGUUUCCAUUUAAAAGUUUUAAGAUGUUUUUGAUGAAUAUAAUAUUGAUUGUAAAAGGCGGCAAAGUCUCAUCAGCUGCGCAGUGGCAACGUUUUGUGUUUUCGUCUGCUUUUUGGGGGGGGGGGUGCGGUGCAAAGUUUGGAAAGUUUAAACUGUGGGAGACCGGGAAAGAGAGCUUCGAUGCAGCUUCAUUGCACAAGUGAAUGUAUAAUACAUAUUCUUCGGUUUUUGAAUAAUUCCAUCCUUCAAUAAACUCACUAGUGAAGCUAAACUAUUUCUUUAAACGCAGACAAGAGCAAGACCGAGGUAUCCAGUAACUAGUGUAAUAAACACUGGUAUUUUUGUAAAAAAAAAACUCAUGAAAAGCUUAAAAAAUUUUUGAAAAUGACUGAAUAAUUAUGUGGUAUGCAUGACGUACUGUGGUGGAUCAGAGCAAUAUGCACCUAAUGUGCUUUGCCACAUUAGCGUUCAGCUUGGAGUGCUGAUGCUGUAUCUUGCAUUUUGAUAUUUUUUUCUCAUUACCAGUGAUAUAACCUCUAUGUAAAAUGUUUUGCAUGUAUUUUUAUGGUUCUUGUGAUGGAAUGGAAUGAAUAGUCAAAACAGCUUCUUCCAGAACACAAUAUAAUCAAUGACUACUAAGUUCAGUUUGAGAAGCAAGAUCAGAUUUAAAAAUUGGCGACGAGAUCUUAAACUUCAAAAGUGUGAUUCUAGAAACUUCAGAGUAUUUUUUUACAAACAGCCUGCAUUUGUGAAUCAUAAAGAAAAAAAAUGUAUCCUGCAAUCUUCUUGUAUUAAAAGGAAUAAAUAUUUCUCCUUCUGUUGUUUAUGGAUAACUUUUUUAUCCUGUUGUAAAUAAAUUCAUUUCUUUGUUUAUUUUGAACUAUGCAAAUAGCUCUGUAGUUAUAACCUCUUCCUUUAUAUUUUUUUUUCUCUUCAGUUAAAUGUGCUUUGGUGGAAUGUGUUUUGUUUUGGAAGAUUGUAGUAAAUGAACGUGUGCAGUCUCUAUCUCUCUCUCUUCCUCUCCUUCUCUCUCUCUUCCCAUCAAGCUAAGUUCAGACAACGAUGUCAAUUGAUUAAAAACAAAUAAAGAAUCUGGGGGAAUGGAAAAUUUGUGUCUCUCUGUUACUGGUGGGAUUGUGUCCUGGAUCUGGGGAAUGUGGAAUUUGUACAUAAUGUGAAUGGGAACUGAAUAUUUCUUAUGGAUUCUAAAUUGGUAAAUAGUUUAUUAUUGACACCUACACCAAGGUACAGUGAAAAAAUUGUCUUGCAUACUACACACCAGCUGUGUGGUGAAAAAGGCACAACAGCGCCUCUUUCACCUCAGACAGUUGAGGAAGUUUGGUGUGGGCCCCCCAGAUCCUAAGAACUUUCUACAGGGGCACAAUUGAGAGCAUCCUGACUGGCUGCAUCACUGCCUGGUGUGGGAACUGUACUUCCCUCAAUCUCAGGACUCUGCAGAGAGUGGUGCGGACAGCCCAGCGCAUCUGUGUUGUGAACUUCCCAUGAUUCAGGACAUUUACAAGGACAGGUGUGUAAAAAGCGCCCGUAGGAUGAUUGGGGACCCAAGUUGCCCCAGCCACAAUCUAUUCCAGCUGCUACCAUCUGGGAAACGGUACUGCAGCACAAAAGCCAGGACCAGCAGGCCAUCAGACUGAUGAACUCAUGUUGAUUUAAGUGUAUUCUGUAUUACAUUGACUGUUCUAUUUAUUUAGAAAUGAUUAUGAUUGCACAUGGCACAUUUAGAUGGAGCGUAACAAAGAUUUUUACUCAUGUAUGUGAAGGAUGUAAGAAAUAAAGUCAAAUCAA